AUGGCUGCACGAACUAUUGAAGAGCUCAGCGAGAUGAUUGCCCGCACUUCGACAGAGCUCUCGGCAGGGCUGAAGAGCAAGGGCAUCGCUUCACCGAGAUUGCAAGACACCACAGCAACGAGUUUCGAAGCAGUAAGCGAGAAUGCUGCCCGGGCUCUCGUUGACGCCGCACGUGAGCUCGAGACCCUGCGAUACAUACAGUAUCACGAUACUUCCUCACUCGGGACCCUUCUCGAGUUCAAUACCCCGGCCCUCGUCCCGCUCGAUGGGACAGCAACUGUAGCCGAGCUGGCUGCGAAGAGCGGGCUUCUGGAAGAUAAGCUGACGCGCUUCCUCCGCUACGCCGCUACGAACUUCAUCUUCCGCGAGCCCGAGCCCGGCGUCGUCACGCACACGGCCGCCUCCGCCGCGCUGGCACGCGAUCCGCAGUUCUGCACCUGGCUGCAGUUUGUGCUCGUCAACAUCGCACCCAUCUCGGUUUCCAUCCCCGCCGCGUACAAGAAGUGGCCACAAAGCGAGAAGCUGGAAGAAUGCGGCAUCAAUGCCGCCUUCGGGACUAGCGACACCUUCUGA